GAAAAGUGAACGUUUCACGAGUCAACAGCAACGUCUUUCGAGAAGUUCUAGGCGCUGUUUGCGACAUUUUUCUUUCUUUUAUCCGUCAUCCAAUGUUUAAUGUGAUGAAAUAACACGUUGUUUAACAAGUAUUCUCGUUAUUAGUGUUCAUAGUCGUAAUAAAGUAACCGCUAGAUUACGAUAUAAGCUAAUAUGGGCGACGAAAGCCACCCGAAAACUCUCUACGUCGGUAAUUUAGACGCGAGUGUGACAGAAGAAUUCUUAUGCGCGUUAUUCGGACAAAUAGGCGAGGUAAAAGGUUGUAAAAUAAUACGUGAACCAGGUAACGACCCUUAUGCGUUCCUUGAGUUUACAAAUCACUCGGCGGCGGCUACGGCCCUGGCCGCCAUGAACAAGCGAGUAUUUCUCGAGAAGGAAAUGAAGGUUAACUGGGCUACAAGCCCGGGUAAUCAGCCUAAGACGGACACAAGUAACCAUCACCAUAUAUUCGUCGGUGAUUUGUCGCCAGAGAUUGAAACACAUAUACUAAGAGAAGCUUUCGCUCCAUUUGGUGAAAUUUCAAACUGUCGAAUAGUGCGUGACCCACAAACACUUAAAUCGAAAGGCUAUGCUUUCGUUUCGUUUGUUAAAAAGGCUGAUGCUGAGGCGGCAAUCCAGGCUAUGAAUGGACAAUGGUUGGGCUCGCGUUCUAUACGUACCAAUUGGUCGACACGUAAGCCACCAGCCAAAGGGGCUAAUGAAGGUGCACCGAGUAAUAAACGAGCGAAACAGCCGACUUUUGACGAGGUUUACAACCAAAGCUCACCAACCAACACAACUGUAUAUUGUGGAGGUUUUACUAGUAAUGUUAUUACUGAAGAUUUAAUGCAGAACACAUUCUCACAAUUUGGUCCAAUACAAGAUAUAAGAGUAUUCAGGGACAAGGGUUAUGCAUUCAUUAGGUUUACGACUAAGGAAGCUGCGGCUCAUGCUAUAGAAGCAACACAUAAUACAGAAAUAAGUGGACACACAGUUAAAUGUUUCUGGGGGAAAGAGAAUGGAGGGAAUGAGAGCCAGAGUACAAGCAACCCACCUUCGGCACCACCAGCAAUGGGAGCACAAACACAAUACCCCUAUGCGUAUCAACAGGGAAUGGGAUACUGGUACGCUCAGGGCUACCCCGCGAUACAGGGCUACAUGGCGCCGGGCUACUACCAGCAGUAUGCCGCCUAUAGCAACCCGCAAGCAGCAGCAGCUGCGGGGUACCGCAUGAGCAUGCCGGGCGGCAGCGGCGGGUCGUGGGGCGGCGCGCCGCAGCCGGUGAUGUACGCGUCGGCGAUGCCGUCCGCGCAGUACCCCUCGCAGUAGCGCCCCGCCCACACUGGACCCCCGGCCGGACCGUGCGCUAGCGCGUUUUACACCGACACCUACCUUGCACAAUCGAGUGGAACCGUUCGCCUAUCUCGAGAUCACCGGACUGAUUGCAGUUUAAUUUGCGCCGAGAGACCACCGACCUAAUUGAAGAUUAACCUGCUCCGUCUAGUGUCACCGCCGCUGGGCUCAUUGAUGAUUGAAAAUUACGGUACUCGGUGGAGCUGUAUGGAAACCGGCUGGACGAUCGUGUGGUCACGAGUGAAUGACAUUUAAGGUGUAGUGCUCGCGUUCUCGGUCAGCGUUUCAGUGUUCGAGUUAUGUGCUGGUGAUUGCAGUUGAUAGUGAUGGUGAAACUUGUGGGAUAUGCAACUGAGCUUAUGAAACUAGCAUUUUACUCCAUGUCGCUUCCUUGCUGGGGAGAUGUGGAGUUCUUUGGUCCUGGUUGGCAAAGGCGUGUUUAUUAAUUUUCGUUUUUUAUACUUCAGAAACAAUUCGUUAUGCUUAUGUUUGAUUCGAUUUUGAUCUGUCUAUGAGACACAUAUCGAAAUUAGAUCACACUUGAACACAUCAAAUUAUUUCUUAAGUAUAGAAGUCAAGUAGAGUUUUAUAAGGUAAACAAAUUUGUCAACUGAUAAGGGCAGUUGCAUAUAGUUUGUUCUUAGUUAUGAAGACACUGAUUGCAUUUGGUUGUGAUUGUGUCUGUUGGCUAAAUUUCUGCAGGCUCAGUGAAUCUCGGACUGAAAUGUUAUCUAUGAUGUUUGUGUAUGAUGUUUGUAUUGUGUUUAUUAUUUCAAAAUAUGUUCUGCAGAAAAUUUAUAGAUUACUAAAUACACUCACAUGAUAGCUAACAAUAUGUUCUACGAAUAUUCACAAGUCCUGCUCGGUGUAUAUAUAAAAGGUAAAACGCGUUAGUCCACUGUAGUCUUAAAAUUCGCGAUAAUUUUAAAGGUAACGAAAAGUUGAAAAGGGAAAGAAAACAGGUCAACGGCAAUGUUUGAUUAAGAUUUGUCGUCUUUCGCGUUUUUAACUUUUCUAAUAAAAAAAUAGCAGUUGUCGAUAUGACCCACUUCAUGCGUGAUGAUAAUGCGAUAGAUUCUGAUCGUUGCGAUGUUUUUGACUGAAAAAUAAGGGAAAGUAAACAAUAUCCCUUUAAAACCUCGAAGCAAUCAAUAGUUGUCCGAUAUAGAUGAACAGUGUUAUAGAAGCAACUUUGCUAUGUUAGUCGAAAUUAUUUUCAAUUAUGUCUAACAGAGCAAAUAUAUUUUAUAGUAAAGAGAUUGUCUAUUCCUAUUUUAAUUUCGACAGUUAUAUUAUUCCUGUCCUUAGUCACAAGGUAUUCUUAGAAAGAGUUACGACUCUUUAAAAUUUUGUUAACCGUUUCUUUUUGGUUCAUCUUUGGGCUAUGAAUUCAAUAUCGCGAUUUUAAAUUCCUAUCCUAAAGGUAAGUAACGUUCGAGCAUUCCUUAACAAUCACUGUGGAUUUUACAUUUGCCAAAUAUUUGCAUACAUUUCACCUGUGAUUUGACCAAACUUUGACUGUACGUUUUUGUACAUAAUACAGUUUUUUUUUUACACAUUUUGUGUAAAUAGCAACAAUUUUAACAUUUGUUUUUCUGACAUCUUUCCCAAAUCGAGUUAAAAAUUUACACUUUGUAAAUAUCGCUGCAUGAACCUCGCAUUGUUUCUAUCGGUGCUAAAGUAACGGUACUAACUGAAACCCAACUACCGAGGGUCCCCUGUCCCCUAACUCUCCUGAGACUGUUCUCAGUGCUCCGAUGCCUUAAUCACAGUACAACUGACUUAUACAGCGAAUCUGUAUAUUAGCUAGGUUUCGUCCAGUGUAAUUGUUACGGUAUUCUGACAUAUCCGGAUGACGUAAUUCUACGGGUGAAAGUGACGCGCAAACCAUAGAGAAGAGUUGAUUGUUUGUGGGCGGAAAUAGUUUGCGUGUGUGAUUGUAAACAGCGCCAUCUAGCGAAAGAAUUGUCGUUCGGAAGCUCACGGCGCCCACGAUCUACAUAGAUAGGACAUAACGAAAUAAAUUAUAAAUUUUUAAAAAAAGUUAUAUAUAAGGAUGGUUGUGUCGCGAGUGGGCUCGUGUACAUAAGUUGAUAUUUAUUGGAGGCCCCGAAGGCAGACUGAAAUCCGGAACACUACUCGACGCGCCAGACCGUUGUGACGUAUUUAAGUUCGGCACAUGUUGUUUUGUUUGUCUGAAUUGUUAUGAUUUAUUGUAUAGAAUCACUGGUGAGUCAAUAAAGCAGUGGGUCUGGGAUCGGGUGUUUGAUUUACGCAAUUGAAUUAAUGUAUGGUCCAUUAAUUGAAUGACACCUGUUCUUCUGUGAUUGAUAUUGCGUUUGCAAACAAUUUAAUGAGAAAUUAUUGUAAAGUCCUAACGUCAUUUUGUAAAAGGAAGAAAUAAAUAGUUUAAGUUGAUUAA